AUGGAAGUCGACCUUGUGAGUGCGCAGGGUCGGGACACAAGUGAUCUUAUAUUCAACAAGGGGGGUGAAUCGGUAAGUGAAGUGGCAGAUAAAGUGGGGCGUGAAGUGGCAGAUAAAGUGGAGCGUGAAGUGGCCAGUGAAGAGCUGGAAAAGCCGCUAGGAGAAUCGAUCAUACAGGAAGAUGUGAAGGAAUGCUUAGUUGAGGGGGAUGGCGAAAAGGACCAAGCGGAUAGGAAAUUCCCCAGCGAGCCAGACGCGAGCGAAGCCAACUCUUCCUCAAGGGAGGUACCAAUUUACGAGAAAGAGCAAAUUGGCGCAAUCCCAAACGGUGCUGACGUGAGUGCAGUAGAAGUAAAAGUUCAAAAGAAUGGAAAGACGGAGGAGGAUACAGCGUGCAGAGAGAGGAGUCUACAUGGGGAAAGGAGCGAAUUGGCACAGUUAGCUGAACCUGAUGUAGAUGGGGGGGAUACAAACCAGAAGAGACACUUAACCACAGAGAGACGGGGCGAAGCAGAAAGAAUCAACCAAUUGUACAGGAACUCCAAGAGCACCAACAUUAACAUAUAUAGACGUAUGUACCAGUCAUACCUACUCCUGCGCAAAGAACAGAACGAACUCCUAAUCCAAAAUAGAAAAAAGGAGGAAAAAAAUAUGAAGCUGAAAUAUGAAUUAGAUAGUUUAAGAGGCAAUAGCUAUUAUUCUAAUUUUUUUUUUAAUAAUGAUUCAGAUAAUCUUUUUGAGGAACUAGCAUCAGGCAUAAGUAAUAUUUGGAAAUGGAUGGACAUGGAGAGUAAAAAUACGAACAUGAGAAGUGGGCAAAAGGGUAAUGUUGCACCAACCGUCGUUGUCUCUCACACGCAGGGAGUAGUACCACCUAGAGAAGGUGAUCCAGAAAGGAAUGCUCACCUUACAGUUGAGGGAAUCUCCGACGAUAGACACCUCCUAGGGGAUAGCACACCUGGCAAGGUACCUGAUGGAGGGAAGUCACCCCAAGGAGGGAACCCCCAAGUGGUACACAAGCAGGAAUACGCUAGUACACAGAAUGAAGUGCCAACGGAAGGCAGUGCAGAAGAUGGGACUUCCUUUGGAAGGGGUGCUUUCCUGAGUGAGGAUCGCCCUGAUGAACACUCAGAAGGGUAUAAACGGAAGCAUGAUGCCCCCCUAAAUAUAGUACAACCAAAUGAAGUGCAACCCAAUGGGGGGAGAUAUCCGAUGGGGAAUGAACACAGAACAGACGCAAACACUGAAGUUGGGAUGGAAAGUUCAUCUUAUAUUAAUGAGAAAGGGGAGAGCCAAACUAUGGAAGGAAGAAUCCCACCUCAUGGGAGGGACACCCAAGAAGCAACCACUCACAAUGGAGAUCAAAAAGGAAAAGUCGUUUUCGUAAAGAGGGGAUAUAAACAUCUCGAUAUGAAUGAAGGGAGAGAAGUUAACAACCCGCCAUUUAAGAAUUCCUUUCAGAAGGACGACAGAGUGGAGAAGAAGAAUUCAUUCCUUUGGGAAAAGGAAAGUCGGUCAGUGAAACGGGGGGAUGUGAAGUAUGGUCGGCUGCAUACCCGGUAUACAGGUCAUGAGAGAAGUUCUGCACGAGUUGACAGAGAACGGGGUGCAUUCACAGCCAUGGAGUGCCCCAAGGAUAACAUCGUUGAUUAUAUUAAAGGGAGACUUUCCAGCGGAGGCAGGAUCAGUGGAAAGGUAGCCCUACCAGGUGGCCUGAACUCAACGAUCGGUACCCACUCGAAUUGUAUAAAACCAAAUGAUUAUGGAAAUAAGGUAACCAUUAAGGAGGGGGACAAAUUUCUUUAUCAUAUUUGUAACUGCAAAGAAAAUAAAUAUGUCCCCUUAAAUGUUGGUUCCUUUUUUAUGGUCCCGCCAAGGAGGACUAUCCCAGAUGAGGAUUUCAGUUUGGGGUCUCUACAAAAGUGUAUAGGCUUUAUCUUACGCAGAAAGGAGGGUUGCAGCCACAGGGAGGUGCGCGUCAGACACAGGAAAUGUAAUAAUGUGCCCGCUGAUGCUGUCCCUCUCGCAAAUGCAGCUCCAAAUGUACGUGCACUGAAUGGGCAGAAGGAUCCAUCUCCCGUUGGACGAAGUAAUGGUGAAGGAGCCGAAAAAAAAACACGACUUGCCACCAAGGAGGUGGUAUUAGGAGGAGAUAAAAAGGAAGGUUUGGAGGAAAGGGAAGAAAAACAAGUUUUGAAAAAAGGAAAGAGUAGACGUAAGCGCAUCCUAAAGGUAGACAAGAAUGGAAAUCUCAACGAAGGAGGGACAAUCCUAACCCCCCAACUGAAAGGACAGAAGGAGAUAGAAUAUAAUACGCAAAAAAUGUAUAUGGGUUUAAGCAGAAAAUUUUGUCAUAUAAGGAGGAGGAAAGGAUCAAUGCAGAGAAGGAAUCUUUUUGGUAGAUUAAAUUUUAAGGUAGAUCCUAAUAAGGAAGAAAAAGAGCCGGACAAUUUCUUCCGCAUAGUUAAGGUAAAGACAGCUAGAUUGGCUCCCCUUGCGGAGGGUUAUCCGCGCCAUGUGCGUUUCGUGCGAAUCGGUAGAAGGGUUUUCUCUCUCAGAGGGAACCGACGCGCAGAUGACGGUGUGGAAGAAGUCUCAGAGGGAGCCAAAAAAGGUAAUGAUGAAAAGAACAAAUGGAGCGAAUUAUCGCCAAAUCUUAGUGGUAACUGUAGUCGCGACGGAAGGGAGGAUAAUGUGGUGGAAGGGGACAUACCGGAGGGGCAUGGAACCAUCCCGGAAAUGAAUGCAAUCAGUGAAGAACGGUACAGUUCCUCCGUAGGAUCACCCCUAGAUACAACAUCACAUGGAUUCCUCCAAUGUGAAAAGGAUUCAGUAGCGAAUAGCGACCUUCUUAUGGAUGCACUGGCGAAGCAUGUGCAGUAUCUCGACCUUUCAACGAAGCGAAUCGACUACCUUGAGGAGGAAAACAAAGACGCAGUGACCAUCAUAGGCAUACAAAUAAAAGUGGAAGAUGGACACAUAUACUUACACCUGGACGCACUAAGUACUGUCGAAGAUAGUGUUAGUGUGUGGAUGAAAAAAAACGAAAAAUUGUUGAAUAGUUAUGUAGGAAGGAGUCAGGUAAUUCAAUCCACUUUGGAAUAUUACUGCGUCGAUAUGUUUACCUUUGUGUCUUUCUUUUUAAAUGCCCUGGAAAACCAUGUGGAUGAGUUUCCUUUUUAUCUGUCUCUUACACUCGACGAUAUCUUCCGUGUGCAUCGGGGCAUCUGUGCGGGGUAG